AGGAUACUGUGUGGCAGAGACUGCGUGUGCUGUGUCCCUCUGGCCACACAUGCCAUAAUAUAGCUUCUCUACAGGCCUUUAUCGCCAUUUUUUUUAGCCCGUUCCAGCUUGCCGUUAUUGGACGACACAUCUUCUAUUGCAGUGUGUAACAAUGGCCGACUGUGAAGGAAGCAAGACUGCAGAGCAGCCAACUGAAAAGGAAACCCCCAAGGUGGCAGAAGGCCAAGUGGAGAAAGAUGCUCCUACAGAAAAGAAAGAUGAAAGUGCGACAGGAACUGGGGAGUGUGAAGGUGCUAUUGGUGGGAUGAGAGACCCCAGCGCAAAGCUGGAGGUGGAAGAUAGUGAUGAGGAAUACAGUGAUGAGGACUACGAGGAUGAGGACUACGAUGGGAGUGAGGGGGAGGAAGAUAAGGAAGGAUUCAUGAGUAUGCUUCAGAAUUUCUUGAUGAAUAAACUUCACCUGAGUGGAGGUGCAGACACACCGCAAGUACUGGAAGAGGUAAACAUUGAAGGUGUUGUGAAAUACAUCAAGAGUGGACAGUGCAAGAAUGUUAUAACCAUGGCAGGAGCUGGCAUAUCAACAUCUGCAGGUAUUCCCGACUUUCGUACACCUGGCACAGGACUUUACAGCAAUCUGGAGAAGUAUAAUUUGCCGUAUCCAGAAUCUAUCUUUGACAUAGAAUAUUUUAAAAGCAAUCCAAAGCCUUUCUUUGUUUUGGCUAAGGAAUUGUACCCUGGUACGUUCAACCCCACACCGUCUCACUGGUUUGUCCGCCUGCUUCACGACAAAGGAGUACUUCUCAGACACUACACGCAGAAUAUUGACACUUUGGAACAUGUAGCGGGACUCCCUGCCGAGAAAACAGUGGAGGCUCAUGGUACUUUUCGAACCUCGCAUUGCAUUGCAUGCCGAAAGGAAUACAGCCAAGAGUGGAUGAAAGAGGAAAUCCAGAAGGACAGCAUUCCAACCUGUACCGAAUGCAGCGGUCUCGUAAAGCCAGACAUUGUCUUCUUCCGAGAGAACCUCCCUUCGCGGUUCUUCCAGCUGGUGCAGGCUGACUUCCCACAAUGUGAUCUGCUUAUUAUUCUUGGGACAUCACUCACUGUCCAACCAUUUGCAUCACUCAUUGACAACGUUCCACCAUCAUGCCCAAGACUACUCAUAAAUCGUGAGAAGACCAGUCCCUUGGAUCCUAUGAUGGCAAUGCUUCAGGGAACAUUUUGUGGCUUUGGCCUUUCUCUAGACUCUCCCAACAACAAGCGUGACGUGGCUAUGCUGGGCGACUGUGAUGAUGGAUGCAAAGCCUUGGCAGACAUGCUUGGUUGGAAGGAUGACUUGCAGAAGCUAAUGGAGAUAAAGAAGUAAAAUGAGAAGCUGCAGGCAUAUCUUCAAAGCUCCAUGCAGUGUGUGUGAAGGUGCAGGAAUAAGGACUUUCAUAGUGGGAAUUUUAUGUGAAUGUUUUAGUUGUAACUCAAAGGAACUUGGAGGAACAAAUGAAGUGCAAAUUGGAGUUUGACCAAAAUAUUUUUAAGAACUCGAUACUCGAAUGGAGUUACAUCACAAAUAUUCAUACUAGCUCCUAUGGAGUCUAUAAUUAUCCUGUGAUAUAUUGUAGAUUAAGUUUAGCUCUUAUUUCUCUCAUUUCAUUGCAAAUGAAGAGAGCCUACUUAGUGAUAUAUAUAAGGGCAUUUUGCUAGACCAGUAUCAUUAGUAUUUUUUCUAUUGUGUUGUAGUUUUGCAUAAGAUGGUGCAGGGUUCCUUUGAAGUCCGAAAUAUCAAUUUCUGGUAAAUUUGUUAGCGUAUUGUAAUUAGUUUUGAAUCUCUGAAUUCCUGAAAAUCUUUUGAACUGUUGGGAUUAAUAUAACAACGUGACAGUUCACGAUUUAUGACAUGCUAAAGUAUGUCGAGACGUGCUUUAUUAUUUUGCUUGUUGAGAACUUUCCAUUUAGUCUGCUUUUUUUUGCCUUGUGUAUAUUUAUAUAAACAAAAGCCAAACCAAUUUGUUUUCAACUCAAUAACAGUUCUAAGACCUCGCGAGGAAAUUGCAAGGAUGUCGAUGCAUUUUUCUUACAUUUUAACAGCCCUUUUAUGUGAAUUAUGUAGAUUUUUGAAAACGAAUUCUUGUAUUGUUAAUAUAAAAAGAUAGAUUACAUGACAAGAGAGGUAGUUUUAUGUAGCUAACAUGUACAUACAGUAAUUAAGAAGAACUGACUUGUGAUUAUCCAAAGACAGAUUUGGAUGAAUAUUAAAACUAAUUUAUAUUGGCAUAAUAGGAUAGCUGAGUAUGUACAAAAUAUUAAUAUCGAGAUUUACUUCAAGAUAUUUUGAUUUUUUGUAUCCACUGAUGAUAAACUGUGGGAGGUAAAAAGACAUUGUUAGUUAGUAUUUAGAUAAACUGAAAGCAUGACAUUGCUAGUGAAUAUUUAAGUUCUGUAGAUUUCAUAGCAAUAAUUUUUGUUACAUAUGAAAUAUGACAUGUUAAAUAUAUUAAGAUUUUUAUAUUUUGCCAUUAGUGCAAAGGAAAAAAAAUAAAGUUUAAUAGUUUUUCAAGUACUUAUACAGCAUGGUACUUCUAUAGAACCCAGUGACAGUCAGUUUCACGAGAGGACUUUCAUUACGCUUUAUGGUUUAUAUAUUAGAUUAAGAAAUACGAAGGCACUUUAUCUCUUGGUGAUAUAAGGUGCUUCCAGCCCAUGAGGUGCAAGAUUCCUCCCUUGGCAUAAGUGCCAAUAGGUCAUUAUUGUGUAGGUCAUACGCCUGGGCCGCAAGAACGCCAAGCCCUGAAAACACCUCAAGGUAACCAUACAGAAAACCAGUCAUGCAUUUUAAACAGAGGCUCCUUACUUAAACUAUUAAACCUAGUAAAAAAAAAUUUGUUUGCAUACAUAAACUUAUGAUUUCUUAACUCAUUCUUAAAACCAAUCAACUGUUGUCAUACGUAGGGUCCCGAUUUAAGAAAUCACUUAUAAUCGGUCGCUCGUGUUGCAUGAUUCAGACUAUUGACUAGAGUAACUACUCUCACAUUGUUAUUUUUGUAAGAAGCUCAUGGCAUCAGGACUGGUGCCCUUGAAUAUUAUGGAGCUGACGUAAAAGAUAUUAACUCUUAAGUUAGCAAAAGACUACACUUGACCUAGCUAAUCUGUGUUAACCUUGCACUACCUUGGGCACCAAUUAUCAAAGAGUUCAUUCAUGUAGUUCAGAUAAUGGAGCAUUUAUUAGAUUUAAGGAAAUGCAGUAUAAAUGCAUAGAAUGAAUAACGCAGUGUAGCCCUGCUAUAAUGUUGUAGACAGGUGUCGGGGAAAAGAUAGCGUUAAUCUACUAAUGCGUCAUUCCAAGGAGGGCAGCAAGACGUGACUGCAGCUAGCUGGCGCUGGUAUAAUAUUUUCUCAGUUACGCAUUCUGGACUUUUAUCAGUUCCUCAAAUGAGAUUUAACACCGAUAUAAAAGCCAUAUAUAAUUAGUUGCAUUGUUGUAGAUGAUUUAGGCUUUUCGGUAAUUCAGGAUUUUAUUAAAAAUAUACUGUAAAUUAAUUGCCAAAAUUAUUAACAUGUUGCUGUUUUCUCUGAUAACACGACAAAUCUUUGCUUGUUAAAAUAUUUUAAUAUUGUUUGCCAACUGGCCUCCAUAGUGAUUGGCCUCGUGUAGUGAUUGAUUGGCCUCGUGUAGUGAUUGAUUGGCCUCGUGUAGUGAUUGAUUGGCCUCGUGUAGUGAGUGAUUGGCCUCACAUAGCAUUUGAUUGGUCUUAUUUAACAAAAUAAUAUGCCUAACUUUGUUCAGUGCCACUAUAAUAUGCUAUUACUUGCUUAACAUUAAAGUCAUCUUGUAAUUAUAAUCUCAAAAAUAACAUCAGGCUUCGUAUCUAAUUGAUAAUGAUUUCCUGUGUUUAUAUAGUAUUGCAGUAUGAAUACUGUUUUGGAACAAUGUACUGGCAAGGUGGUCCAAGUCAAGCACUAGAGACAACUCGUAAUUGGAUAAAAAUGCUAUAAAAAGUAUUGACGGUGAUGUGCCUUGUUUCACAGUAUGUGCUUAUAAAUUGUUAGAAAGAUUGUAACUUAACAUUCGCUUUGCUAAAUUAGUGUGUUUAUCCUUUGAUAAUUUUGUAUUAUAACAGAAAUAAUGUAGUACAUAAUUGAUGUUAGUCAUUCAUUUAGUGAAGGAUUAUUUCACUAAGUGACGUAUAAGCUUGCCCGGUAUAUGAGCGCGAGCAAUACAGGACUAACAAAUGCCAGUGCCUUUAACGUGUCACGUACUUAAUUAGAGCUAUAAUUAGUACACACAAUUUUUUUAUUUUAAUCUUUAAUUCUAAACACAACACUUAAACAUUACUGGUGCAUUAAAAAACCUUUAUAAAAAAACAAGCUUAAAGUUGCUAGAGCUAAAGGGGUUCACACACACUUAAACCGUCAUAUGCCGUGAUCAACACGAGAGUAUUGUGUCAAAAUUUGUCAUUCUGAGAAAUGUCUUAGUGAGGCUACAUUGUGUAAUUGUGCUUUAAAACUAACAAAUAAAUUGAAUGCUUUACAUAAUAUUAUGUUUGUAAAUAAAAAGAAGUUUGAA